GCGAACUGUCAAGUUUAUCGUCCAGACGAAAAGAGUAAAGAGCGUUUCUUACAAAAAUGGGUUCAAUGUUUUCUAAAACUAAGCAGAAAAGUGAGUCAUCGCGCUCCAGUGCAGUUUCACGAUUCGAUCCGGCCCGUGAUGCUGUACCAUAUCAAAAAUACGCCACCCAGCCGGUAUCAAGCUUUGCCAGUACCACAAGAACGUUCCAAGUGCAUCGAGAACAAACGCAAGUUCAGCGGUCUAUGCGCACGUCCACAUCGAUGGUUUCGUCAGGACCUUUGACUGGAUCACCUCGUUAUUCCCCCGUUUAUAGAAGGCCGUCGUUAAAACCGAACGUUGCAUUACAGAUCGAAGCCUCACCUCCGGCAGGUGAAAUCAGCAGUUCGUCGUCGAGUGAAAAGUAUGACCUGUCGAAGAAAGCGUAUGUACUAGUAUUGCAUCAUUAUAAGUUCAAAAACAAAGAUCAUAACCGCUCCGGGAGCAUGAAAGAUAUGGAGCAAAUCGAAAAAGUAUUAUCCGACUUCCGUACGGAUGCUUUGAAAAUCCAUUCCAACUUAUCAUUGCUAUCGGUACGACAAGCAAUGGAUGGAGUUAGUACCAAAGAUUUUAGCAAGAAUAGCUGCUUAAUUGUGUUUAUCAUGAGUCACGGAUAUACACACGACACCAUCAUGGCUUACGAUGGAGAUAUGUACUCUUUCCACAACGAUGUCGUGGAAAAAUGUACGAUGAAUGCAACACUCAAGGGAAAGCCCAAGAUAUUUGUAAUACAAGCAUGUCGAGGGGGCGCCGAGAUUCAAACUGACUCAACUAGAAAAAUUAUAAGCGACAAAAAGGACAUUGUGACUUUCCAAAGUACAUAUGAAGGCACCGUUUCGUACCGUAAUGAGAAGACCGGAACCUUCUUUAUGCAACAUUUUCUUUCACUGCUAAAAUCAUGUGACCGAACUCUUGACAUACAUGAGAUCAAUAUGCGCCUGAAUAAUGAUUUUACAAAAAACAGAAUCACCCAAACGCCGACAAUGUUCACAACACUACAAAAACGGCUAAUACUUGGUGACUUGAGGAAAUCUCGUUCGUAAUAGAUGUAUGAACUAUGUAAUCUAAUAGCCCGUAAUACAUCCGAUUACACAAUUCCCGAUUACCAA